CCAGCUGGUGUAGAUUACGUCACAACCAAGCGACAGCCAAACUUCCGGGAAGCGGCAUUUACAAACGUUCCGUGGCCGAUAUUGUGGUUUAGUUUCACGAAAAAAUGCUCAAAAAGAAGUCAACUAGCGGGGAAAAGAAAAGAAAACACCCACCGUCCGAGGAGCGGCAUCGAAGCAGUAAGCGUAGAAGCGCGGAAAGCAGCGUGGUGGACGAGUUCGCCGACCCGGAGUUGGACAGGGUGGGCAGUGACAUCGAGGAAGGUGGGCUCGACCUCGGCGUACCGUUCAAGCCCAUCAGCGACUACGUGAGCGACAAGAAGGUGAUGCUGGACCAGUGCUUCGGCGUGCUGGGCGAGAAGAAACUACGCAGGAUGCUGCCCGAACAAUUCAAGGAUUGUAACUUAGAGGAGAUCCGACAAGUGUGCUGGGAGCAACUGGAGCCAAUCUCGGAGCGAAACAUAAUGCAGAUUCUGUCAGGGGAAGAAGUGACCAAAGAAGACGACGGUAGCCAAAACGCACAACAAGAGGCCCAGAAUAAACAGAAAGCCCGCAUCGUGGACUCCACAGCGUGUGUCAAAGAACCGGAAAAAAACGACAACCCCCAGCAAGGUGUCGUCUCGAGCGAGGACAGCGACGUUCUGAGCCUCAACGCCGGCGACAGCGACAUCGACGCUCUAAAAGAGGAGCCGCCCGUCAAAACGGCGGAAAGCGGCGGCGAACGCCCAAAGCCCGUCCAAGCCAAGAAGGACAUCCAAAAUGACAUCGACAGAAGCGUCAGCGAGAUCUUGGCGCCGGCAGAAGAGGACGGCGUCGAUGGCGUCCAACAACAGGCGGCCGCCACCGCCGCACCGUGUCCGCCCUCCCUUCAGCAGCUGGAGCUUCUGGAGCUGGAGAUGAGGGCCCGCGCCAUCAAGGCUCUCAUGAAGGCCAGUCACAAAAAUGUACCUUAGAGGGGAGGUCAAAUUUGCUUACUGUCAUUUUAUCUUGCCUUGUAAAAAAAAAAAAAAAAAAAAAAGUGUAUUUUUCUCCAUAAACACUAGAUGGCAGUA